UUCACUAAUUACCGGCCCUUUAUUUCAUCAUCAGAGGGAAAAAAAAACAAAAUUUAUUUACAACCAAAAUAAAUUUACCGUAAAAAUAUCAACAACAACAACAACAACAACAACAACAACAUCCAUUCCUUAUCAUCAUAAUCCAUCCAUCCUCACAUACACAGCUUAUAAAUGACUCUUAAGACUAUAUACAUAGCCAGACAUGGUUACAGAUCCAAUUGGUUACCUGAACCUCAUCCUCCUAAUCCAACUGGUAUCGAUAGUGAUCCUCCUUUAGCUCCUCAUGGGGUGGAUCAAGCUAAACAAUUGGCAGCUUAUUUACAUUCUUUACCAAGUAUAGAACAACCCCAAUUCAUCAUAUCAUCCCCAUUUUAUAGAUGUGUGGAAACUUGUCAACCGAUUGCUCAAAUACUAUCUUUAUCUGUAGUGAUUGAACGUGGUGUUGGUGAAUGGUAUAGAAAAGGUCGUAAAGUAAUUCCAUCACCGGCAAAUUAUGAUACUUUACAUCGAUUUUUUAAAGAUGUAUUAGUUGAAGAAUCUGAAUGGCCCAGAGAUGAAACUAUUGGAAUUAUACCAUCUUUAUCAGGUGAAACUCCUGAAGAAAUCUUUGAUAGAGCAAGUUUAUUUUGGAAAAAAUUCUUUCCCAUAUUUGAAAAUAAAUAUCCUCAUAUUGAAUCAAUUUUAAUUGUAACUCAUGCUGCUACUAAGAUUGCCUUAGGGACAAGUUUAUUAGGAUUAUCAACUGUUUAUGAUUCCAUUGAUGAACAUGGUACUAAACCAAGAGCAGGUGCUUGUUCAUUAGAUAAAUAUAUUAAAUCUAAUUCAAAUCAAUGGGAAAAUGUUAUGAAUGGUAAUUGUGAAUUUUUAUUAAAAGGAGAAGAAAUGCAUUGGGAUUUCCUGAUAACUGUUGAAGCUGGAUCUGAUGAAGAUAUUAAACUUCGAAAAUUAAAAGAAUUAGAAUUACAAAAACAAAAUGAAAAUAAGAAACAAAUUAAAGAUACAACUCCAGUUACUGAAAUUGCAACUGGUCAAGAAAAUGAUGAUGAAUUUGAAGUAAGUAAAUUUUAAUGUACUGAAUCUUAAUUAAUUUAAAAACUUUAUACUAACUGUAAUAAAAAUUCUAACAGGAUGUUUAUGUAACGGUAGAUAUACCAAUGUUUGGUAAAUCUCAAGCAUUUGAUGAUGCUACUUCUAAUACCAAUACAAGUACCAACCACAAUAACAACAACAACAAUAAUAAUCCAAGUUCAAAAGUCAAUUAUAUCAAACCAUCAUCACAUUUCCAAUUCACUGAUUUAAAUAAUGAAAAUCCUUUAAUUAAACUUUCUAAUAAUGCAUCAAUUGCUGGACCAGGUGGGAAUGAUAAUGAAGGUGGAAUAGAUAAU